AUGGCAUGGUUUGUAGCUGCAUUGGCAUAUACAGUGUUUGGAGUUGUCCAUGGUUCAGAAAUCAGCCAGAUGAUGUGGAACGUGGAGAGAGUCGAUGACAUCAAACAUGCAUCAAAUAACACCAAUGUAGAGACAGUGACUUUUUCACGUACAGAAUGUGUUCUGAUAGCUCUGAGGUAUAAUCUGUCAGUGGCCUCGUAUGACCAGCCUACGCAGUUGUGUGUUCUCUAUAAUAUCACUAAGCAUAGGGAACUGAUGAACAAAACGAACGUCCUCCUUGUACGAGAAAUCCAAACGUGUGAUGACCUUGAUCCAGUCAGCAUUUCUGGAGUGUACCGUAUUGCACCUGUACCAGAGAAGAGUUUUGACGUUUACUGUGACAUGGAGAGUGAAGGAGGUCCCUGGACUGUAAUCCAAAACCGUGAAAACGACGAAGUCGAUUUCUUCCGAGACUGGAAUCAGUACAAAUACGGGUUCGGAAAUCUACACGGCAAUUUCUGGUUAGGGAAUGACAAUAUAUAUUCACUGACUGAGACCCCGUGUAUACUCCGUGUACAUCUGGAAACUUUGAAUGGGACAUUUGGUUAUGCUGAAUACUCGGAGUUCCAAAUAUCAAAUGAGACCGAAGGCUACAAGAUUUCCAUUAAUGGUUUCAGCGGAAAUAUUAGUGAUGCCCUCAAAGUUAAUGACGGACAAAAGUUUUCGACAGUUGAGAGAGACCACGACAAUAAUCCUACAAAGAAUUGUGCUGAAGCACGGAAGGGUCCCUGGUGGCAUAAAAACUGCACUCGCGCUAACUUAAACGGCUUGUACAACGCAACUAAAUGGAUAUUGUCGGUAUAUUGGAAAGGUCUAUAUGGGCAAAAUAAUCGCAUUCAGUUGAGGAAAACCAGGAUGAUGCUUAAAAGACCGUAA